AUGGACUUCUUGGACGACCGCGACCUUGAAAAUAGGCCCGCUAUAGCAGAGUAUUACAAGGGAAAAACGAUUUUUAUUACCGGGGGUUCUGGUUUCAUGGGUAAAGUGCUAGUUGAGAAGCUGUUAUAUUCUUGUUCAGAUCUUGACAGAAUCUAUUUGUUGUUGAGAUCUAAAAAAGGUGUUAAAGCAGAAGAAAGGCUGACUGAUUUAUGUGCUUCUAGAUGUUUCGACCGUCUAAGAAAAGAGAAACCGCAUAUGUUCGAGAAGGUAUUUUUCAUCGCCGGAGAUGCGAGUGAAUUAGGUCUAGGGAUGUCAGAUGAAGACAGGGCGCUAAUUAUAAAUAGGGCUCAGAUUGUUUUCCACGUCGCUGCUAGCGUAAGAUUUGAUGACUCUUUAAAAGCCGCUGCGAUGCUCAAUCUCCGAGGGACGAGAGAAGUUGUAGAACUUGCUAAAGAGAUCAGGAAUUUAGAAGUUCUGGUCCACGUUUCCACGUCAUAUGCAAAUACAAAUAGAAAAUGUAUUGAAGAAAUCGUUUACCCCGCUUUUGCUGACUGGAGGGAUACGCUGGAGAUAUGUGAAAAAUUGGACGACCAUACAUUGAAUGUUCUUACUCCCAAGUACCUAGGCGAAUUACCUAAUACAUACGUAUUCACAAAGCAGCUAGCGGAACACGUGAUGUACGAGCAGAAAGGGAAAUUGCCAAUUGUCAUUAUGAGGCCUUCUAUCGUAAUAUCAAGUUACAAAGAACCAUCGGAGGGUUGGAUUGAGAAUUUAAACGGUCCAGUUGGUAUGCUGGUGGCUAGUGGCAAAGGUAUCCUAAGAACUAUGUACACCGAUCCGGAUUUAACAUCAGAUUAUAUCCCAGUAGACAUUGCUAUAAAGGCUUUUAUUGCUGGUGCUUGGGCGAGGGGUGUUAAGAAACUACAACCAACGGAUGAUAUAGAUAUAUACAAUUGUUCGACAAGCCACAUGAAAACUAUGACGUUAGGUGAAAUAGUUGAUUUCGGAAAAAAUGUAGCGAUACGUGAAAUUCCGAUAGAAGGCAUGUUGUGGCGUGCUGGAGGAUCAAUAACGAAAUCAAGAGUCGCUCACAAUUUUAAGGUGUACUUUUAUCACUUGCUUCCAGCCCUCUUAGUGGAUUUGGUGCUUCGGAUAACCGGAAACAAACCGAUAUUGUUCAAACUCCAACGUCGCAUAUACGUGGCCAAUAUUGCUCUUCACUACUACGUAACCCAGCAAUGGACGUUCAAAAAUGAUCAUUUUCUCGCCCUUCGUGCUAAAAUCAGAGAUGAAGAGAAAAAAUCGUUCUACUAUGAAAUGGAAACUAUAGAUAUGCCACAAUAUUUCAUAAACGCUUGUAUUGGUGGAAAGAAUUUUAUUUUGCACGAGAAAAUGGAAGAUUUACCAAAGGCUAAAGCGCACUUUAAAAGAAUGGAGUUGCUGGAUAAAGUAGUGACUACGGUUAUUCGAGGCUACAUCUGCUGGUUCAUCAUUAACACUCAAUUUGCAGCAAAUCUUCUCCAAAAUAUUAUUGAUUUUAUAUUUUGACGUUAAGCAUAAUAUAAAUUGUAUUUUUAUUUUAAUACUAGACGUACCUUGUGGUUUUAUCUG